GAAGGUCGGUGUCGAGGGGAGCGGCGCUGACGCGGGGGCUGCUGGGGAGAAGCUGCUCAAAGAUACACGAUCAGUCUAUAUGUGCUUCAUCGAAUGUUGGAAGAAUGACAGAUGACAGGGAUGUACUGCGUGAUGUUUGGUUUGGAAGAAUACCAACCUGUUUCACCUUAUCUCAGGAUGAAAUAACAGAACGAGAGGCUGAACCUUAUUAUCUGCUUUUGCCAAGAGUCAGCUAUUUCAUGCUCGUCACUGACAAAGCUAAAAAGCAUUUCCAGAAAGUUAUGAGACAAGAAGAUGUGGGAGAGAUGUGGUUUGAAUACGAAGGGCUACCUCUGAAGUGGCAUUAUCCAAUUGGUUUACUUUUUGACCUUCAUGCAUCGAACACUGCACUUCCAUGGAACAUUCUAGUACAUUUCAAGAAUUUUCCCGAGAAGGAACUACUUCACUGUACCACCAAGGAUGCCGUUGAAGCUCAUUUCAUGUCCUGCAUUAAAGAAGCUGAUGCCUUAAAACACAAAAGUCAAGUAAUCAAUGAGAUGCAGAAAAAAGACCAUAAGCAGCUCUGGAUGGGCUUACAAAAUGACAAAUUUGACCAAUUCUGGGCCAUCAAUCGAAAACUAAUGGAGUGUCCAGGAGAUGAAGGAGGUUUCCGGUAUAUUCCUUUCAGGAUAUAUCAGCCUUUAAACGAGAAACCGUUUAUUCAGAAGCUGUUUCGACCACUCAGUCCAGAUGGACAACCACACAGCCUUGGUGACUUGUUAAAAGAAGUGUUUCCUGCUGCUGUACCUUCUGACGAUGAGGAGAAACCAUAUCAAGUUCUGAUUCAUGGGAUUGAGCCAAUGCUGGAGACACCAUUACAGUGGCUCAGCGAGCAUCUGAGCUACCCAGACAAUUUCCUGCAUAUUAGUAUCAAUCACCUGUCUAGAGACUGAGAAAGCAGGGAACUCACAGAUAGUAAAAAGCAAACCGCCCCCUCACUGGACUUGCCAGAGCAGUUAUAUCUACUUCCAUUGAACCUGCCGGAAGCAACCCGACCAGAAAAAAACUCGCUGCUGCAAGCCAAACAGAAAGAAAGAUCCUAAAAUCAGAUAUGGGGCUGGUCCUAGUUUGCAUCACUGCUACAAUUCUGCUGUCGUCAUAAAACCUCACUUGCGACAUGAAAGACUUCUCAAGACCACUUUGUCUCAUGUUUCUUGUAAAACAGUGAAUGUGUUAUUUUCUAAGACGACAGGCAGUGGAAACAUGCAAUGUUUGAUUUGUCCUCCUGAUUAACAAAUAAACGAGGGUAUUUCCAAAA